GGAUGAGUGUCCAGCAGGAACUUAUCAUGAGAAACAAAUGAAGAAUUGUAAAGACUGCCACAAGACCUGCCAGACCUGCUCAUCACCUGGCACCUGCACACAGUGCCGGGAAGGCCUGGAGAUGAACAGCCACGGGUACUGCGUGCCUCACAAGGACUGUGCCCCUACUGAGUUCUGGAAUGAGACUCUUGGAUGCCAGCCCUGUGAUACCAAGUGCUUCCGCUGCUACGGUCCCUCGGAGAACCAGUGCCACACCUGCCCACAGGAGAAAUUUCUUCUCAAUACCACCUGUGUGAAAGACUGCCCCGAGGGCUACUAUCAGGUCCAUCAACAAUGCGCCCCUUGCCACAGUUCCUGCAGGACGUGUGAAGGAAGACGCAGCCUGCAGUGCCUCUCCUGCAGACCAGGCUGGUUCCAGCUGGGCCAGGAGUGCCUGCUCCACUGCAGAGAAGGAUAUUAUGCAGACAACUCCACUGGACACUGUGAGAAGUGCAACAAGAACUGCAAGGCAUGCCGGGGGCCACAGCUCACAGACUGCUUGUCCUGCAAUAUGUUCUUCUUCCUACUCCAAGCUAAGGGAGAGUGUCAUCUCACCUGCCCAGAGCAUUACCAUGCAGAGUCAAGUACACAGACCUGUGAGAGAUGCCACCCAACUUGCAGUCAAUGUGAAG